CCUAUUGUCUAUCACGUUUGCCUAGCGAAAAGAAGAAAGAAAUCAAUCAAGAAAAGCUCAUUGGUUGGAUAUAUUAGUCAAGUCAGCUUAAGAAGAAGAAGAAGAAGAAAAAGUUUUAUUAUGAUGAUGCUGUUACAAAAUCUAUGAGAAACCUGUUUAAUGGUGGAUCCUAAUCAUGCAUUCUAUUUAAGCACAAGGGAUAGUAGUGACAUCAAGUGAAAUCACUGUUUAAUGAAACCAUAAGACAGCAUGACAUAAGUGAAUUAUAUGGUUUACAAAAACUUUUGACAAGAAUUUCCUUGGAAGUAUAUAUCUCAAAGUCAAAGGAAUCUUUAGACGUUGUCAAUAAAGUGAGAGGAGAGAGAGAUAAUUUCCUUAAACAAAAAUGGUCCAAAUAUUAUAUUAUAUAUAUUUUAAUUAAGUAAACUAAAAAUGAUUGAAAAAUAACAUAUGGAGCUUGAAGCUAGGACUAUACUAGUAAAAACUAAACAGAUAUAGAAAUAGGGGUGGAUCCAUAUUUAAUCCAAUUACAAUGGAUUGAAUUUGGAUCACCCUUCAUCUGAUAUAGAAUUUGGACAAACAAAUACCUGGCUCUUAUAAUAAGUAUUGGUUAUACAGGGUAAGAGGGGAGGCAUGGCCUUUUCAUCCACCGUGAAUUGGAGCUUUUGCUCCCUUUUAAAGGAACAAAAGGUUUUAUCUGUGUACUAGCUAGAUUGUAUUAUGGUAAAGAAUAAAUAAAGGCGCUAGCAAGUAUAUUAAUAACAGGAGGCUGAGAUAGUGAGAUGUAAGCUAAGAAAUCCCCACGCAUUCUGCCUUGUGAAUCUCUUCCCCCCUUAAAUACCUUCUUACAUAAUCCACUCGUCACUCCUCUGGUUAAAUUCUCUUAUCCUUCACACCCCCCCCCCCCCCCUUUCUUGUAUAACUAAUUCCCCAGCCAGCUAAUAUGCACCUGGGAGACCAACAGCAACCACCGCCUAAUCCAUCACUACCACCUCCUCCUAUGCCCUUUCCCUCCACCCAAACGUCUGUGAACCCAGUGCCAGUGGACCAAUUCCCAGAGCACUCCCGUAGUAAUCCCACGUCUGACCCUCCCUCACCCAAAAUGACUAUGUCUUCUUCCGCUGCUCCCCCACCCAUCGCCGGAAAACACCCGAUUUAUCGAGGAAUCCGCUGCAGGAGCGGCAAAUGGGUGUCUGAAAUCAGGGAGCCGCGCAAGACUACACGGAUAUGGCUCGGCACGUUCCCUACACCGGAGAUGGCUGCCGCCGCCUACGACGUGGCAGCACUCGCUCUCAAGGGCAAUGACUCUGUCCUUAACUUCCCUGAGACUAUUAGUUCUUACCCAAUUCCAGCGUCUGCAUCGCCAUCCGAUAUACGCGCUGCAGCCGCUGCAGCUGCCGCUUCAAGACUCCCCAAGCCGGAGUCCAUCGACGACCCAGUACCACUACUCGGUCAGUCGGGAGAUGUUGACACCCAAUCUACUCGUCCAACAACCGCGGAAGAAUUCAUUGAUGAGGAGGCACUGUUUGAAAUGCCUAAGCUUCUGGCAAACAUGGCAGAGGGAAUGCUGUUGAGCCCGCCCAGGAUCGAUUCAGGCAUCAGUGACGACUCGCCGGAAAAUUCAGAUGGAGAAAGUCUAUGGAGCUACACUUAAUCUCGGUAGACCUCCUGCAACAUCCUUCGAAAUAAAGUCAGAAAUGAAAAAAAUAAAGCCAAUAAUAAAAAUAAGGAAGUGGUUCGAUUGAUACUGUUAAGGUCUUUAAACCAUAGCUUGCUUUCCAUCUUGUUGGAUUUUUCAAAAUAUAGGAUCUCUCAGUCCUAGAUCCUACUCUCAGUUUCACGAUGCACUGUAAUAUAUUUGCUUUGCUUUGUGCUUGUUUUUCCUCUCA